AUGUCUGAUGAACUUGAAGCCAGGAUGUGGGAUGAUGGGGGCUCCAGGUACGAGUCAGCGAGUCGGGGAGCGUUCUUCGAGUCGGCCUUCGCCUCUUCAGAACACUUGGACAGAGCGCCUUUGUUAUCAGAAAUCUUCAUGCACAAGAACGCCAUGCAAAUGCACGCGCGCGAACUUCAGCGAGGGUUGGGCGGUGAAGUGAAGCCGCACCAAUGCCAGCAGUGCUUGAAGUCGUUCAGCUCCAACCACCAGCUCGUGCAGCACAUCAGGGUCCAUACUGGGGAGAAGCCAUACAAGUGCAGUUACUGCGAUCGGAGGUUCAAACAGCUGAGCCACGUCCAACAACACACGAGGCUGCAUACAGGCGAGCGCCCCUACAAAUGCCACCUCCCAGAGUGCGGGCGCGCCUUCAUCCAGCUUUCAAAUCUUCAGCAGCACCUUCGGAACCACGACGCUCAGGUGGAGCGAGCCAAGAACAGGCCCUUCCACUGCAACAUCUGUGGGAAGGGAUUCGCCACCGAAAGCAGCCUUAGAACGCACACGGCAAAGGAGCUUCAGCUGCACCUUGGUGUUUUGCAGCAACAUGCCGCGCUCAUGAUCGGGGGCGCCACCGCCACGCCAUGCCCCAUUUGCCACAAAGUCGUAUUCGGUGGCGAAGCACUAGUAGAACACAUGAAGAAUACGCACAAGGACCCUAAUGCGUCCGGCGUUGCCACCAAGCGGCGGACGGCGAACCACCCGUGCCCGGUUUGCGGGAAGCACUACGUCAACGAGGGUUCCCUGAGGAAGCACCUGGCCUGCCACCCGGAGACCCAGCUCACCAGCGGCCUCCGCAUGUGGCCCUGCUCCGUGUGCCAGGCCGUGUUCACGCAUGAGAGUGGUCUUCUCUCUCACAUGGAGCAUAUGAGAAUGGAACCAAAACACCAGUUCGCCGCCCAAUACGUCCUCUCCCGCGCUGCGGCCGAGAGACGAGAACGAGACAUACUUGCCGCUGUCUCCGCCUCGGCUGGAGGAUCAGGCCUUCUGAACCUGGCGCCACCCUCGCCAGCGCACUCUGACUCCUCCUCCAACGGCCGGUUAUCCUCCUCAGCCGGGUCCGAAGCGGGCGCUGCCGUCAACAAACUGACUGACCUCCUCCGAUCGGCUAACAACGGCCACCAAGCAUACCCAGAUGAAAGAGUAGCGGCAAUCGCAGCGGCAGCCGCGAACAUGAUGGCUCAGCCAGGAGAAGGUGCCAAUGCUGUUCAGGUGGCCGCAGCGAACCUAGUAUCAGCGAUGAGACAGCAGCUGGCCAGAGAACCGCCACCGACGCAGCCGCCGGCUGAAACACCGCCGGCGCCCUCGGAAGCAGCACUUCGAAUUCAACAAGCUGAAGCCUUACUCCGGAGUCAGGCCGAGGCUCUCCGAUUGGCCGUGUCGCAGGCUGCGGCGGCGCACAACACGGAAGCGGCCAGUCCCUUGAGACACAACGGAGGCUUUCCUCCCCAACCACCAAACGACGCGAGUGGACAACUAUCACCAGAGUUAGUGGAGGCGUUCCGAAUCGCUCAGGAGCAGAGAUUGGAGCAGGCGUUGAGGUUACACGAUCCUAGGAUGUUGGGCUUUAAUUUGCCGUCGCCGGUUCAGCAGGCGGCACAGCAGGCUGCACAGCAGGCAGCACAGCAGGCGGUGGCCGCACAGCAGGCGGUAGCCGCGCAGCAAGCUGUGGCCGCGCAGCAAGCAGUGGCAGCGCAGCAGGCAGUUGCCGCACAGCAAGCAGUGGCCGCACAACAGGCCGCACAACAAGCCGCACAACAAGCUGCUCAACAGCAACAUAUGCAGCAGCAGGCUGCCCAGGCCGCCCAGGCCGCCCAACAGGCCGCACAACAGGCGGUCCACCUCCAACAAAACCCUCAACCAUGAAAAUUCAGCUAUUACUAAUCCGACGCGAUUUCGGCCAAACACAAAAUCGUAUAGCAGUAAUCUAGGUAUAGUAAACAAAUCGUUCGGUAUUUUUUGGACAAAAACAUUUUUUUCGACGGAGUGUGAACGUGAAAUCGCCUCUGGUUAGUAAUUUCGUUGACACAUAUUUCGGAAACAUUUUUGUUUCGAUUUAUAAUUUAAACCGGAAAAAUAUGGUAAAAAAACUAAAUUAACGCUAAAUCUUAGAUAGAACUAACUAUUGUAAAUAACGGAAGUUUAGUUGGAAAUGUUUCUCGUGUAAAUAUAAAGAGGAAUGCGAUUAGUUAAAUAAAUGAGCAAAUGGAACAGAAACUCGCCCGAACAAGUAAUUAGAUGUAGAAAAUGUGACAAAUAAUAUUCAGUGCAAUCUUCAAUAAUUAUUUGUUUGGUUGUUAUUGAGUGUUUUUAUUAUUAUUAAUAGAGAUGAGGUAUUUAUUUUUUUUUAGCUUUACCACGAAGCAGUGUAUUUCUUAGCUUAGUACAAAGUUUUGGAUGUGCCAAACUGGUUUAAGCACUUUUAAUCGCAUUUAGCGAGACUUGCAAUAUUUAGUUGCUUAUUAAGUUUCUGUAGAGUAAUUUAGAUGCUAUUAUAUUAUUAAAAUUUUGUUUUUUUAUUAAGUAUAUCUUUUCUCGCAAUAACACGUCUUAUGCUAGUCACGUU